UCGGGUCCGCCCGCUUCCUGGGGCCACGGGCCGGGGAGAGACCGCGUACGGCCGCGCCGGGCGUCGGGGCGAGCCGGGGACGCCGCGCCCUCUGCACCGUCGCUGGGGGCGCGUCCGUGUCGUCGGACUUUUCCGACCCGGUCCUUACGAGCGAGGGACUGAGGUGGGGAGAGGAAAUGGGAGAGGAUCACCGUUCCUGGGGAAUUACUCAUCGGGCGUGGAGUGUCCCUUCAGUUGGGUGGCAGCAGAGUCGCCCCUGAAGUCGUGGUCGUGGUGCUGGGAAGACCAUUUUGAUUUUGAAGCAAGAUAUUGGCUUCCGAGCCCCAACUCGUCCCUGACCCUCCAUCUGAAGCCCCAGGAGGGAGUAGAUUAUGACAUAUCCGAAAUCGAAUACAGUAUUUAAUGAAAACCCAUGCUUAACAGGUGAAAAUGGCAGGUUUCCUUGAUAAUUUCCGUUGGCCAGAAUGUGAAUGUAUUGACUGGAGUGAGAGAAGAAAUGCUGUGGCUUCUGUUGUAGCAGGUAUAUUGUUUUUUACAGGUUGGUGGAUAAUGAUUGACGCAGCCGUGGUGUAUCCUAAGCCAGAACAGUUGAACCAUGCCUUUCACACAUGUGGUGUAUUUUCCACAUUGGCUUUCUUCAUGAUAAAUGCUGUGUCCAACGCUCAGGUGAGAGGUGACAGCUAUGAAAGCGGCUGUCUAGGAAGAACAGGUGCUCGAGUUUGGCUCUUCAUUGGUUUCAUGUUGAUGUUUGGGUCACUUAUUGCUUCCAUGUGGAUUCUUUUUGGUGCAUAUGUUACCCAAAACACUGAUGUUUAUCCAGGACUAGCUGUGUUUUUUCAAAAUGCACUUAUAUUUUUUAGCACUCUGAUCUACAAAUUUGGAAGAACUGAAGAGCUAUGGACCUGAGAUCACUUCUUAAAUCACAUUUUCCUUUUGUUAUAUUCUAUUUGUAGAUAAGUUUUUAUCUCUCAGUAUAAUUUACACAUUGCCAAAUGGAAUAGAUUGUACUUUAAGUGUUUCGUUUCUUUACACUUUUAUGCUCUGAGUUUUGAAAUAGUUUUAUGAAAUUUCUGUCCUUUUUUUCAUUGACUCGAUUGUUGAUAUGUACAUAUUAUAAGAUUAUAUAGACGGGGUGACGACUAUCCGUUUUUCAUUCCUGAAGACUUAAAGCUGGGCCUGUUCCCUGAGCCAGGGUUGUAUCAUCAUGUCAUUUUAGGGUUAACUAUUUUGUCUCAGUAUCUCUGAUUUCUGAAAACGUGCAAAAAAUACAGCUCCAUGUAUCUGAAAUAAGCACUGAGCCAUUAAAAAGGCUAUUUCAGCAAGUUGUAAUUUAUUUUGGCUUAAAAAUGAGAUUUUUUUAAAGGAAAAAUGUUUGUUCUUAUGUAUUAUAAAGAAGUGGACUUUUAUGUGAAGAUUUUUUACAUGGCUGAAGGACUAGUUUGAAAGCCUCUUUUAAAAACACUUCCUCUAAUAUGACUUGAUUUGAGAGGGGAUAAUACAUGAUCAGAUAGACUCAGUUUUGUAUGCUUAAUGUAAAAAGAGUGUAAGGCUGCUCAGCAGCAUGCUUCUUGUAAAGCAGCUGAACUGACCUAUCUACCAGGCUUCUCUUUUGACAGCUUACUGUUGUCUGACAUUACAAAAUUCCAUGUCAAGCAAGUUUGAGACAACUGCAGUUUAAAAGCAUGAAACAUAUAACAAAAAAGUGGAAUAAUUAGUUUCAAGAUGAAGCACUUCUUCCCACAGGGAAUUGUUAUGACCUAGUGAAAAAUUAGGCAUUCCAGCCACUUAGUUACUGACUGCAAGUCUCUUUUCGCUCUAGCUCUCAAGCUUUGGGUGAACUCUUCCUGCAAAAUAUGCCUUUAACCUGAAAGUUCAUACUCCAGUCAGAAGCUUUUUUGCUGAGUUUGAAACACUGUAUUUGCACUGUGUGUUCGUUCCUAGGAGAAGCGUCAGAGGGAGACGUGGGUCUUUAUUGCUACUUUGCUUUCCUUUGUUAUGCAGGCUCGUGUUGUACUUUUUCUUCCAGAGCGAUUUGAUGAAGCCUCUUGUUCUAAGACAGAAUACUAUCAGUGGUAUUAUAUGCAGCUUCUAACUCGAGCCUUAUUUUGCUUAACUUCUCUCCUCUCGGAGAGAAUUUGCCACGCACAGAGUAUGAAGCAGUUGUGGAAUGCUGUGCCUUUGUCUAGACACCAUCUUGUGUAAUUACUUCUUUCUGUGUCUUCGUCGUUUCCCUCAAAAUGUCAGUAAACUUUGUCUCGCCUCCAACAAAUUGUAAGACUGAUUACUUGUUUCCACUCUCUUGUAACCUGUUGCAGUAAAUGUUACUUCUCAACCAUUCUAAUAUUAUUAAAUCUGUUGGAGAAAAUGAGCCAUAAAAA